AUGCCACCAAAGCGCCGCAUCGACGCCCCCACCGUUUCCUCCACCUUAAAGAAGAAAGAUGCAACCUCGGCGCGAUCCACGUCGGGGGCGGAAAGCGCCCGCAGGCCAUCCACACGGAGUCCGUCCACCACGCGAACGCGAAGUGCAGAAGGAAGAGGAAAGAAAGGAAACACCACGGUGGAGGAUGCCACGUUGGGUGUGGGAACACCGUCAAAGGAACCACUUCUACCGCUGCCGGUGCGUUCGAGCUCCUUUGCCCCGUCCUCGGCGCGCCGCUCGCUCAUUUCACCACGUUUGCCGCGCUCGCAAACUCCGAGAAAGGCGAUGCAGAUGCUGCACCCCCCUGUAGGUGCCGUACCACCUGAAACAAGCGCCGAUCCGGCCCAUGAAGAAGCAAAAGGGAAACCCUGCCGCUCAACGAUGGAGUCGGUUCUGGACAACACGUUAGAAGUGAGUACGGCAGACCUUUCCACUCCUGGUGGGAAUACAGAGGGCGGACCAAUCGGUGGGGAACUUGGCUCCCUCGCGGACUUACAAACGGAAAAUGAACUUCACGUCAUGGAACGCGAUGACGACGCCAAUGGUGAGGUGGAUGGGGAAUUUCAGACCAACAACGAGCUCGUGGACGAGAUCAUUUGGAGCGAUGGAGACGAUGAUAUGGACUUCCCUAAUCCUGAAGAUCUUCAAAAGCCAAAUGACGAUAACAAUGUCAUUCGCUUGGGGACCACACAGCAGUUGGAGGAGACCGAUAGCAGCGAGGAUGAGAUGAUACUUAAUCGCGUUGGCGACAUUCCCCUUGUAUGGUACAAAGAUGAAAAGCACAUUGGCUAUGAUAUAGAGGGCAAGAAACUUAUGAAGAGUGAGCGCUCCGCGCUGGAGCAACUCCUCGAGGCCACUGACGAUCCUAAUGCAAUGCGCACCAUCCACGACGUCCUGCAUGAUGAAAAGAAAGUACUGACGAACGCCGACCUGCAGAUGAUCUUCAAUUUGCAGCGCAAUCGCACCACCAACUCGAAUUAUGACAUGUACAGCGAGGUGCAAGAGGAUACCGUGAAGUUCGACCCACUCAAUCACCCGCUCGCCCGCAACACCGGCCCGUCGAAGUUGAAGUUUGUGCCGGCCUUACAUGAGAUGAAGGUGAUUGCGAAGAUGGUGCGUCGUCUGCAAAAAGAACAGGAGGAGCGGAAGCACAAAGCCCUAUCUGACGAUGACGACGACAACGACACGAAGGUGCUGUGGGAGGCCGAUAACACAGUGCGGAUGGACACCCACACCCGCUUCAAGUACUACAACCGGAUCGAAAAGCCCAAAGUCCCCCCGCCAGGGACCUACGAGAGCUACCGCCCCCCGCCGGAGUACCUCCCGAGCGUGAAGGCCCAACAGCGACAGCUGCGCCUUCGCGCGAUUGACCGGAAGUCGCCCUUCCUGGCGCAGUCCUUUGACGCCCUGCGACACGUCCCGUUCUACGCUCAUACCAUACAAGACCGCUACCAGCGCUGUGUCGACCUUGCCUGCUUCCCCCGUGCCCAGCGCACCCGUCUGGCGGUGGACCCCCGGCUCCUCCUGCCGGCCCUGCCCGACCCGCGGGGGUUGCGGCCCUACCCCGAGCGCCUUUCCUUCCGUUACAACGGGCACACCGCGACGGUGCGUGGCCUGGCGCUGAGCCCGAACGGGCAGUACCUCGCCACCGGCUGCGACGACCACCUCGUGCGGGUGUACGAGGUCCACACGGGGCGGCUGAUGAAGCGCUACGACCUCGGCGCCCCGAUCCAGCAGGUCGGGUUCUGCCCUACUUCUAGCCUUAACCUCCUCGCCGUCGCGGUGGAGUUUAGCUUGGUUUUGAUCAUCCCUACCUUCGCCGCGCACGCGCUGGUGAAUGAACAUACCGUGCGGUACCUCCGGGCCCCCGGUCACGCCGCGGGGAUGGAGGGGGACUCCCACCUAGUGGGCGGCAGCGGGACGCUCGGGGGGCAUGGAAUCACCCAAAGUGCCAUGGACGACGACGAGGUCGCGCACGAAUCCACGCUCGACCUGCACGACAUCGAGGAGAAGGAAAAACGCGCGGAGUUCCUCAACGCCUCGACAAAGGAGCGACAGGCAGGUAUUCUCGUCAAGGUGGCCAUGCACGCGAAGAUUAAAAAAUUUACUUUCCAUGCCCGAGGCGACUACCUCUGUGUUCUCUGUCCAAAAGAUCACGUUAAAUAUCGCCAGACUAUUAUGCUUCAACUGAGCAAACGUAAAGUCUUCUGUCCCUUCCGAAAGUUCUCGGAGGUCGUCACGGACUGUCAAUUCCACCCCCUCGAGCCGAUCUUCUUCCUCUCCACCACUAAUUCCAUCCGUUGUUAUAACCUAAUCGCACAUAAGCUCCAGCGCCGCUAUAAGGCCCCUGGAGGUAUCACGACAAGUCUAUCCAUCCAUCCAGAGGGGGAUAACUUCCUUGUCGGUGACACCACAAGCCACGUAUCAUGGUACGACUGCGACUUUUCUGAUAAGCCGUAUAAACGUAUGCGCUCGCACAAAGGGGUUGUCAACUCGGUUGCCUUCCAUUCAAACACCAAGGCCUACCCUCUCUUUGCUUCGGGGGCAUCCGACGGCCAGGUGCACAUCUUCCACGGCAUGGUCUAUGACGACUACAAUAAAAAUGCUCUGGUUGUCCCUGUUAAAAUUCUGAACCACCGUCGACCGGUAUACUCGGUAGCAUGGCACCCCACGUUGCCCUGGAUUUUCACAUCCACUGAAGAUGGAAUCGUCUCAGCAUGGACGGAAUAA